AUGUCAUUUGAAGUAGGAACUAAGUGUUGGUACCCUCACAAAGAACAAGGCUGGAUAGGCGGCGAAGUCACCAAGAAUGACUUCUUUGAAGGAACGUUCCACUUAGAGUUGAAAUUGGAGGAUGGAGAAACUGUAUCCAUUGAAACAAAUAGCUUCGAAAAUGAUGAUGAUCAUCCCACGCUACCUGUACUACGAAACCCACCUAUUUUAGAGUCUACUGAUGACUUAACCACCCUAUCAUAUCUGAACGAACCGGCAGUGCUGCAUGCCAUAAAAAAAAGAUACAUGAAUGGACAGAUAUAUACUUACUCUGGUAUUGUCCUUAUUGCCGCUAAUCCCUUUGAUAAAGUCGACCAUUUGUACUCUCGCGAGAUGAUACAGAAUUAUUCUAGUAAGCGUAAAGAUGAGCUGGAGCCGCACCUUUUUGCCAUAGCAGAGGAGGCGUACAGGUUCAUGGUCCAUGAAAAGGCUAACCAGACUGUUGUAGUCAGUGGUGAAUCCGGUGCUGGUAAGACCGUCUCUGCUAAAUACAUUAUGAGAUACUUUGCCUCAGUCCAAGAAAGCAACAAUCGUGAAGGGGAAGUGGAAAUGUCUCAAAUCGAGAGCCAAAUUUUAGCUACUAACCCGAUCAUGGAAGCCUUUGGUAACGCCAAAACUACCAGAAAUGAUAAUUCCUCUCGUUUCGGCAAAUAUCUGCAAAUUUUAUUUGAUGAGAAUACUACCAUCAGGGGGUCCAAAAUUAGAACCUAUCUCUUGGAAAAAUCCAGGUUAGUUUAUCAGCCAGAGACAGAAAGAAAUUACCAUAUUUUUUACCAAAUUUUGGAAGGAUUGCCAGAACCGGUAAAACAAGAACUGCAUUUGUCAUCUCCCAAGGACUACCAUUAUACUAACCAAGGUGGACAGCCGAACAUAGCUGGUAUAGAUGAAGCUCGAGAAUACAAGAUAACCACUGAUGCCCUGUCAUUAGUAGGUAUAAACCACGAGACUCAGCUUGGAAUUUUCAAAAUUCUUGCAGGCUUGCUACAUAUAGGUAAUAUCGAGAUGAAAAUGACUAGAAACGACGCAUCACUAUCAUCGGAAGAGCAAAACCUGCAAAUCGCAUGUGAAUUAUUGGGUAUUGAUCCCUUCAAUUUUGCAAAAUGGAUUGUCAAGAAACAAAUCGUCACAAGGUCUGAAAAAAUUGUCACUAAUUUGAAUUACAAUCAAGCGCUAAUUGCUAGGGACUCUGUGGCGAAAUUUAUUUAUUCCACGCUUUUUGAUUGGCUAGUAGACAACAUUAACAAGACAUUAUACGAUCCUGAGCUGGAUCAACAAGAUCAUGUCUUUUCCUUUAUUGGUAUUUUAGAUAUCUACGGGUUUGAGCAUUUUGAGAAAAACUCAUUCGAACAAUUCUGUAUAAACUAUGCGAAUGAAAAAUUACAACAAGAGUUCAACCAGCACGUUUUCAAAUUGGAGCAAGAAGAAUAUGUAAAGGAGGAAAUUGAGUGGUCUUUCAUUGAGUUCAGCGACAACCAACCUUGCAUAGACUUGAUUGAGAAUAAACUUGGAAUACUUUCUCUAUUAGAUGAAGAAAGUAGAUUACCAUCAGGCUCAGAUGAAUCAUGGGCCUCAAAACUAUAUUCUGCCUUUAAUAAACCGCCCUCAAAUGAAGUUUUUUCGAAGCCAAGAUUCGGACAAACGAAGUUUAUAGUAAGCCAUUAUGCUGUUGAUGUAGAAUAUGAAGUUGAAGGGUUUAUUGAAAAGAAUAGAGACAGCGUUUCCCUAGGUCAUCUGGAUGUUUUCAAAGCAACGACAAAUCCAAUUUUCAAACAAAUUUUAGACAACAGAGAACUUAGGAGUGACGAUGCUCCUGAAGAGCAAAAUACUGAAAAAAAGAUAAUGAUCCCAGCAAGAUUAAGUCAAAAGAAACCAACCCUGGGAUCUAUGUUCAAAAAAUCGCUCGGGGAAUUGAUGGCCAUCAUAAAUUCUACUAAUGUUCAUUAUAUUCGUUGCAUAAAACCAAAUUCUGAAAAAAAGCCAUGGGAGUUCGAUAAUUUGAUGGUCUUAUCGCAAUUAAGAGCUUGUGGUGUGCUGGAAACAAUCAGGAUUUCAUGUGCAGGCUUUCCAUCAAGAUGGACUUUUGACGAAUUCGUUCAAAGAUAUUUCCUCCUGACGGACUACAGCUUAUGGAGUGGAAUUCUUUAUAAUCCAGACCUCCCAAAAGAGGCAAUCGUCAACUUCUGUCAAUCUAUUCUAGAUGCUACUAUCUCUGAUUCAGCAAAAUACCAAAUUGGUAAUACCAAAAUUUUCUUUAAAGCAGGAAUGCUUGCAUUUUUGGAAAAGCUAAGGACUAAUAAAAUGAAUGAAAUAUGCAUCAUAAUACAGAAAAAGAUAAGGGCAAGAUACUAUAGGCUUCAGUAUUUGCAGACCAUGGAAUCAAUAAAGAAGUGCCAAAGCCAAAUUAGAAGUUUGUUGGUUCGUACAAGGGUCGAUCAUGAGCUCAAGACAAGAGCUGCCAUAUUACUACAAACGAACAUUAGAGCAUUAUGGAAACGGGAAUACUAUAGAGCUGCCAUUGGGCAAAUAAUAAAACUACAAUGUACCUGUAAAAGAAAAUUGAUUUUAGAUAGUGUUAACAGGAAAUUCAUGCUCAUGGCGGCAGUAAUUAUCCAAAGCUACAUCAGAUCAUAUGGUCACAAAACAGAUUACAGAACAUUGAAAAGGAGCUCCAUUCUUGUACAAAGCGCCAUGAGAAUGCAGUUAGCUAGACGAAGGUAUAUAGUUCUGCAAAAAGAAGUUGAAGAACGGAAUAUUAGGGCUAGUUACGGGAUUGGAUUACUGGAGGAAGCUAUCGAAUUUAAGAACUCUUUCAUUUUGAAUCUAGAGAUGUUAAAUGACUCAUAUACAAGAUUAACACAGUUGUUGCAGGGAGAUUUGUCAAAUAUUCCAUCUAAGCAAAGGCAAGAGUACGAAACGAUAGUAAAUGGUUAUAAUGAUAAGAUUUCCAAGCUGAAGACGUUACAAGUUGAAAUCAUGAAUACUUUAAACAAGAAGAAUGCCUUGAAGGAGAGAAAAAAGAAGCAAUCUUCUUUAAUACAGUCACAUAUGCAAAGUUUGGCUGCUAUAAAAGGUAACAAACCUUCAAGAUUAAGUGAUGAAGUCAAAUCAAUGAAGCAAGAACUAGCGUUUAUUGAAAACGUAAUAGCACAAGAUUUCACCACCACAUAUUCUGCUAAUAAGAAUGAUAAAGUGAAAGGUUUGGGAAUCGCAGGACAACAAGUAAAACCGAAGCUAGUCAAUGUAAUUCGUAGAGAAUCAGGAAAUCCUGAUCUUCUAGAAUUACUAAUGGACCUGAAUUGUUACACAUUAGAAGUCACAGAAGGUUACUUGAAAAAAGUAAAUGUUACUGAGGUGAAUGGAGACAAUGUUCUGGGUCCUAUACACGUCAUUACUACAGUGGUAAGUAGCUUAGUGAGAAAUGGGUUAUUGAUUCAAAGUAGCAAAUUCAUCUCGAAAGUCCUAUUGACUGUAGAAAGCAUUGUUAUGAGUCUACCAAAGGACGAAACAAUGCUUGGUGGUAUCUUUUGGUUAAGUAAUCUUUCCAGACUUCCCGCAUUUGCUGCAAAUCAAAAAACAUUAUAUGAAGCGAAUGGUGGUGAUGAAAAAGAUAAGUUAACACUGAUAUAUUUGAAUGAUUUGGAGAAUGAAACUUUAAAAGUAUUCGACAAGAUUUAUUCCACUUGGUUAGUGAAAUUCAUGAAGCAUGCUUCAGCCCACAUCGAGAUCUUCGAUAUGGUUUUAAACGAGAAGCUAUUUAAAAAUUCUGGUGAUGAGAAGUUCGCUAAAUUAUUCACAUUCUUAAAUGAAUUUGAUGCUGUCUUGUGUAAAUUUCAAGUUGUUGACUCAAUGCAUACAAAAAUUUUUAACGACACCCUGAAGUAUCUGAACGUAAUGCUAUUUAAUGACCUAAUAACCAAAUGUCCCGCGUUAAAUUGGAAGUAUGGGUACGAAGUGGAUAGAAAUAUCGAGCGGUUGGUGAGCUGGUUUGAACCAAGAAUUGAAGACGUUCGUCCCAAUUUGAUUCAAAUAAUUCAGGCUGUCAAGAUAUUACAGUUGAAGAUAAGCAACUUGAACGAGUUCAAGUUACUAUUCGAUUUCUGGUAUGCCUUGAAUCCAGCCCAAAUACAAGCAAUUCUGUUGAAAUACAAGCCUGCUAACAAGGGCGAAGCUGGAGUACCGAACGAAAUCUUGAAUUAUUUAGCUAACGUGAUCAAAAGAGAAAAUCUGUCUUUGCCAGGGAAGAUGGAAAUUAUGCUUUCUGCCCAAUUUGACUCUGCUAAAAACCAUCUGCGUUAUGACACUAGUGCAAUAACACAGAACAGCAAUACAGAGGGCUUAGCUACUGUCAGUAAAAUUAUAAAAUUAGACAGAAAAUAA